UUCCGAUCCCGAGCUCGCCAAAACCCUAAUGAAUCCACCGUCAUCGCCGGAGAUUUCUGAUAAAGAGGAGCCGUGGAGAGCCACGAUCGACACCUCUUCCCCCUUCUCAUCAGUGAAGGAAGCCGUGAUCUUGUUCGAAGGCCACAGCAAUGCCUCCGAGGAAGUGGCUCUAUUGGAAGUGAAGUACCAGAUUGCGCAAGUAGAAAGGGAUCUUAUUGCGAAGGAAAGGGAAACACUUGAUGUUUUAAAAGAACUAGAAAUGACCAAAAGGAUAGCGAAGGACCUAAAAUUGAAAUUACAGAAAGAAGCCAUGCCAAAGGUACACCCUGUCAUGGAUUAUGAAGAACAUUGCCCCAAGUUUUGUGAAAAUCAGGUAGAUUUGGUUGACUUAAAUACAUCUACGAAGCAAUCUCUAGAGGUGGAUUUUAGGAGGACAAUCGAUGGUUUGACUGGAAUUUUGACUACUGCUCAGUUGCUUAAAAGCAAAAUACAAAAUGAGAAGUCAUUGCUCGAGGUAACUCGUCAGAACUUAUCAGCAAACACUGCCGAGGUUUUGUCUCUGGAAAAACAUCUGAAUCAAAUGACAUUGAGACUUCAAUUAAAUGCAGACAUAGAAAACUCUAGAUUGAUUACAGAAACUGCUAAGUCUGAAGUCUCAAAACUCACUGCUGAUCUUGAACAGACAAAGGCAAAAAUAAAGAGUGCCGAGAUCAGACAACAUGCAGUCAAAAAUAUUGAAGCAGAAGCUAAAGCUUCAGAAGUUGCUGCCCUUGAAAAAAUUAAAGCUCUAUCAGACAGUGAUAAUUCAAAUUCAAAUAUCCAAAACACCUCCCGAGUAAAUCUUCCUGUUAAACAAUUCCUCGAGCUGUUCCGUAAAGCUAGUGAGGUAGACAAACUCUCGAGAAGGAACAUCGAAGAGAAUCAAUCUAAACAGGAGGCAAUAACAGAAAUAACAGAAAAGAGUAAUACAAGCAGACAAUCAGUUGAUGAAGCUCGUCGGAAAUGGAGGUUGGAACAUGUCCAGAAGCAGCAUUCUCUUCGUAAUAACACCACCAAGUUGACCGAUAAAACGACAAAUGAAGUGACCACAAAAUCGGUCAGCUCUGAAGAUAACAACGCAGGACAGAAAGAUAAUCGGAAGCCGAAGGUGACCCUGAGGCAAUUACUUAAUGAGGAGAAGAGUGUCAGAAAUGUUUGCAAGAAGUUUCCAACAAAAAGAAAGAAGUUUUCGGUCUUAAGUUUGUUGAAUUGGAUGAUCAAAAUAAGAAGAACAAGAAGAAGAAGAUUGAGAAUAAGGAGAAGAAGCAUGUUUGAUUUUUCCUGUUAAUAAAUGUUAGUAGUUCAUGCUAUAUAAUAGAUUGUGUCACUCCUUGAAAUCAUCCAAGUCUUGAUGUACAGUUUUUCUA